AUUACCUCCCUUCUAUACUUUCCACCAUCUUAAAUAUGAAGAUAGAUACAAGAUUUAUAAAAAUAUUUUAGUGGACUGUGCCCCAGAGGACAUACACCAGGCUUUCCAGGAGCACAUGAUGGAGGCAAUGUGGCCGUGUCCCUGGAAAGCAGUGUGGUCAAGUUGUAUAGCCAGUGAGGAGGAUGAAGAAGGCUCUGAAGAAAUGUUUGAAGUUCUUGUUUCGGUUCGGAAAAUCUACUUGGACAAAGAGUAUGCCAAGGUCCAUCUGGUCCGACCGUUUACCUGUACCAACCCCAAGAUGACCCAGUGUGAGUUCUACACCUGGCUCCGGAUGGACAUGAUGAACGUGGUGCCACUGUACGAGAUCUAUCCUAUCAAAGACGAGGGGCUUAAUUACCUGGAACCCAUUGCUAAAGCCAUAGACAGUGCCAGAUUUUUCUAUCAAUAUUUGUGGAGGUUCUGGGAUUCAGAAGAGCCAGAUGACUAUGAGUGGAUAUCAAGACACUUGGAAAGAAGAUUACGACUAUACUAUGACAUCCAGGAAGGCAAGGUGCCAGAUGCUAGUAACUUUAAAAAAUGCUUUGAAACCAUGGUGAUAGAGGCAAACGAAAAACACUCUGAAUUGGUCGACCUCUACUCUGCGGUCAGUAUGUCUGACUCGGACACUGACCUCAACACGACUGACCAGGAAUUGACCCAGUGUGCCGAUGACCUGAAGGUUCUGAGGGAUAAACUGGAAAUGAUGGAAGACCCUGUUCUUAGAUUACAGGUCCUGGGAACAGUUGAAGAUACAGACAAGUAG